CGAAUUGUCGUCGCCGAUCGAUUUACUAGGAGGGAGGAGGACAUCAUGUCGAUGCUGCUCAGAAGGGUAUACGGCGAAGCAAGGCGACGUGCCGUGCCGUCGCCGUCGACGACGAGCAUGUUUCUGCAUUCGACCCCGGCUCUUGACCCAUCAUCACCAGCGGCUGUCGGCGGCGAGGCUAUCGCAUCAACAUCGGCGGCCACCUUGGAAAUGGCACCCACGCAGGUGUGCCAUGUCAAGCUCAGCUAUCUUCACCCCUCCACCAAAGUCAAGCCGGCAGUAGUGCGAUCCGGAGAUCUGAAGACGGGCUACGUGCGGCCAGAAGCAAAAUUUGUGCCGCUCUCCGCGCACGUCUUUGACACAGAACCGAGACGAGACAUCCUGCACGCCUCGGUUGUCUACUACCUCGACUCCCGACGCUCCGGCACAGCUUCGACAAAGACGAGGGGCGAAGUCAACUUCAGCGGGAGGAAGCUGCGGCCGCAAAAGGGAUCGGGACAGGCUCGGCUGGGCACAAGGUCCAAUCCGCUCCUGCGCAAGGGAGGUGUCAUCUUUGGUCCAAGGCCACGAGACAUGUCCAGUAAACUUCCCAGAAGGGUCCGAGAGCUGGCUCUGAGAAGUGCACUUUCGGCCCGCUGGCGCCUGGGCAGCCUGCAUGUCGUUCCUUCGCUGGUGUGGGAUGCUCCACCGAACACGACGGGCAAGCUUCGCAGGCAGCUUCAUGCCAAGGGCUGGACCGACGUUCUGUUCCUGACUGCCCCACGGAACCCUCAGCCCUCGGAUCGCACCCUGAAGACGGAUGCGAAGCCGUCGGCUGCGGAUCCUGUCUAUACGCCCGAGCAGAUACAGGAGCACGAUAUCGAGGUGGCCAACUUCAUCUCGGCCUCGAGCAACAUUCCACAGACGAAUGUGAUCCGGCUCGACAAGCUGACAGAAGACGCGCACAAGCAGGCACGCAAGGCCGAGGACAAGAAGAGGCCAGGCGAGCUGCCCGCGUACGAGGUGCUGAAACGAAAACUUCUUGUUCUCGAUCUCGGCGCUGUCGAAUGGCUCGAGGAGAAGCUUGGUGGGGCCAUCUUCCAUGAGGAGGGCUUGCUCGAGGAGCUGCAGGCGGGCAUGGAGCAGCUCGGUGGCUUGCAGCAGGAGAGCGGGGACGAGGCAGAGGACUGGACCGACGAAGAGGUGGCAUUGGAAUCCGAAGCCGCACAGGUCAUCGCCGACGGACUCCAAAAGCCGUCAUAGCAUGUACAUGUAUUACAAGCAAUGAGAAUGCUGAGACUCUUGUCUGAGUCGAACCAGGCAGGGUAUUCCAAAGCGUGCUGCAGGCCAU